UAAUAUAAUUGUCUGUUUAUAACUUUUUAUAGAGAAUUUGAUCAUUUGAAAGAAAAAAAAAGAUGAACCCAAUAGCUACAAGCACUCAAUUAUCACAACCAAGAAAGGAUGACAACAUAAGCAAAACAAUGAAGAGAGCCAUGCUUGCUUUGAACGCCUUAAUGUUAGCCAUAGGCAACUGUGGCGGCCCGUUGGUUCAGCGCCUUUACUUUGUGAAAGGAGGUAAAAGAAUUUGGUUAUCAAGCUGCCUCCUAACAGGCGGUUGGCCGUUUAUGAUUGUCCCUAUAAUCGUUUCGUUCUUGUACCAAAAACGAAAAGGAAGACAAGUUAAGUUGUUCUCCUUGACUCCUUCUCUUUUCAUUCAUUGUGCUGUUCUUGGAGUUUUGACUGGCUUGGAUGAUUAUAUGGCUACCUAUGGCGUUUCUCGUCUACCUGUUUCUACAUCUGCUCUUAUAAUGUCUACCCAGUUGGUGUUUAAUGCCGGAUUCGCGUUUAUUUUAGUUAAACAAAAGUUAUCUGCUUUCACUGUCAAUUCUAUAUAUUUGUUGUCUCUUGGUGCUGUGAUUCUUGCUCUCCAUUCUAGUACAGACCGUCCUGACCAUGAAUCGAGUAUGAAGUAUUAUGAGGGGUUUUUCGUGACAUUAGGUGCAUCGGCUUUGUAUGGGUUUGUUCUUCCUUCAGUUGAGUUAACUUUCAAGAAAGCUAAGCAGCCCAUUACUUAUGCUUUGGUCAUGGAAAUGCAGCUUGUUAUGUCGUUCUUUGCAACUGCCUUUUGUGUUGUCGGAAUGCUGAUCAACCACGAUUUUAAGGCAAUUCUUCAAGAAGCAAAUGAAUUUGAGCUCGGGAAAACGACAUAUUACGUGGUUCUAGCUAUGACUGCACUUCUUUGGAAUUUCUUCUUCUUGGGAGUAAUUGGAGUCAUUUCUUGUGCCUCUUCAUUGUUGUCCGGAAUUAUAAUUGCUUCUUUGCUGCCUGUGACGGAAUCUUUAGCUGUUUUGUUCUUCCAUGACAAGUUCCAAGUCGAAAAAGGAAUAUCUCUAGCUUUAUCUCUUUGGGCCUUUGUUUCCUACUUUUACGGAGAGCUUCGAAACAUCAAGAAGGUAAAUCAUGACAAAGAGCUAGGAUCUUUACUACCACACUAGCUAAUUUGAUGAUGUAUAUAUAUGCAAAUAUAUAUAUAUAGCUCUAGAUGAUAUAUUAAUAACAAUAAUUUAGAGUUUGUUUGUAGCUAGCUCUAGCUAAUUUGCUUGAUGUCCAAAAAUCAGUCAUGCAAGUCACUUGACAAUGUUUAACAAUUCGAUCUAAUUCUGUUGAGAAAUUAGUAUUGUUGUACUCAACUUGUAAGGACUGUAGGGUGAUUAAUUACUACUGUUUUUUAAGAAGUAUUGUUAUAAUUUGUAAGAAUUUUAGCGCUUUUACUAAUAGACCUCUUGUAUUCAA